AUGUCUCCUCCGGCUGCCAUCGACGAAGUCCCCUCCGCCGCACCUGCCACCAACGGCGGCGUGACCGAUGGCCCCAUGAAGCUCGAGGACAUCUACUCCAGGCGCAAGAAGACGGACAAGUCGCAAUGGGGCACCGCCGCCCCCUCCCGCAGCGAGAACUUCAAGGUCUACACGCACAGCCACAAGCCCAAGGCCAAGAGGUGGGAUGGUAAAUUCAGCACCGAGUCCCUUUCCCGUGUCUCGGCCCGCCUCAAGGGCGCCGCCGUCUACCUGGGUCGCCCAGGCAUGAUCUCGCUGGGCGGUGGCCUGCCCUCGUCCGAGUACUUCCCCUUCGACGACCUCAGCUUCAAGACGCCGGGUUCGGGCCACUUCGACGACGCCGACAGCAGCGCCUGGGACACUGUGACGUCGGGCAAGAAUGACAUGGCCGCGGGCAAGUCCAACUACGACAUCGCCACCGCCUUCAACUACCACCAGGGCUCUGGCUCGGCCCAGCUGCUGCGCUGGAUCACCGAGCACACCGAGAUCGUUCACAACCCGCCCUACGCCGACUGGGCCGUCACCCAGACCGUUGGCAGCACCUCUGCCCUCGACAUGUCGCUGCGCAUGCUGACUCGCCCCGGCGACUACGUUGUCUCGGACGAGUACGCCUUCAGCAGCGCCAUGGACACGGCCGCUCCGCUUGGCGUCAAGUUCGCCGGCGUCAAGAUGGACGCUGAGGGUAUGCUGGCUGCCGACCUCGACCAGGUCCUGUCCAACUGGGACCCCGCCACCCGCAACGGCGCCCGUAAGCCGCACGUCCUCUACCUCGUGCCCACCGGCCAGAACCCGACAGGCGCCACGCAGAGCGCCCAGCGCCGCCGCGAGGUCUACCAGGUCGCGCAGAAGCACGACCUCCUGAUCCUCGAGGACGAGCCAUACUACUUCCUGCAGAUGGACCCGUACGUCUCCGGUGGCGACAAGCCUGAGCCGCCCAAGUCGCACGAGGAGUUCCUGGCUGCCGUUGUGCCUUCGCUGCUGAGCAUGGAUACGGACGGACGUGUCAUCCGCAUGGACUCCUUCUCCAAGGUCGUCGCACCGGGCAGCCGUGUCGGCUGGAUCACCGCGUCGGAGCAGAUCGUCGAACGGUACUCCAGGCAUGCCGAUGUGUCGACUCAAGGUCCUAGCGGCAUGAGUCAGUUGAUGCUGUUCAAGCUGCUGGAGGAGCACUGGGGUCACCCUGGCUACAUCGAUUGGCUGAUCCACAUCCGCAAGGAGUACACGGAGCGCCGCAACAUAAUCGUCGGGGCCUGCGAGAAGCACCUCCCUAGAGAAAUCGUCAGCUGGAACCCGCCCAUGGCCGGCAUGUUCCACUGGAUGGAAGUCGACUGGCGUAAGCACCCGCACGCCUCGACGAAGAGCAUCACUGAGCUCGAAGAGGAGAUUUUCCUCAGUGCCGUCGACAAGGGCGCGCUCGUCAUCCGUGGUAGCUGGUUCUACGCGGAGCCCGACGCCGCGCACGACAAGAUGUUCUUCCGCGCCUCCUUCGCCGCCGCGCCGGCCGAUAAGAUCCAGGAGGCCAUUCGCCGCUUCGGCGAGGCGCUCAGGGAGAGCUUCCAGCUGUAG